AGUUUAAUCGUAUGCAUCCUGUAGUCAAGAACGCUGCAUCAUGUCUGGAUCUAAAAACAUAGAUUUGGUUUUUCUGCAAUCCAUGAUUGACAAGACCGAACCUGGAGUAAAAAUUAAUUCGUACGAAAUAGCAUUAGGAUCGAAACGAGGUGAUAACUAUACAUCAAUGUUGUACAGAAUCCAACUGUAUGGUGAAAACGGCUGGUCAAAAUCUCUAAUCUACAAGUGUUUGCCCGAUAACAGGCAGGCGAGAAAUACAUAUAAAUCUGAAAUACUAUUUAAUAACGAAGUAACAUUCUAUACAAAAUCGUUUACAGCAUUGAUGAAAUAUAAAGAGCUCAAAAAAUUGGUUGAAACUUUUAACAGUGUGCCGAAAUGUUAUUUGGCCCAAAGCGAUAUCGUUAUAUUGGAAGACAUGCGAUGCAAAGGAUUCACCAUGUUGGACAGAAUGAAGGGUCUUGAUUUUAACCAUUGUAGAGCCAUACUAAGAGUCUUGGGCAAAUUCCACGGGUUAUCGCUGUCUAUGAAAGUCGAUGAACCAGACAAGUUUAAAGAAUGCAUUUCGGAUGCAAUAAAUGAAGUGUACUACAAGAGUGAAAACGAAUUGUGGUACAAAGGAUAUUACAGACAAGCCGCAGAGAACGCAGAGAAAAUGCUGGAGGCUGAAUUGACCGAAGACGAGAAACCAAAAUAUUUGGAUAAAUUUCGAAAAUUUGUCAACCACGAAUCGUUCUUUGGGUAUAUGGUGGGACUGGUGUCACCUAAAGAAUCGUUAGCUGUACUCUGUCACGGUGAUUGUUGGACGAACAACUUUUUGUUUCAGUACGCUCAAGACGGGAGUAUAUCUGAAGUGUCUAUAGUAGACUUUCAGUUGGCUAGGUAUGGCUCUCCAGCAUUGGACUUGGUCAGUCUUUUGUAUUGCUGUACCAGUGUAGAGUUAAGAAAACAGUAUUUACCUGAACUGUUGGAAGAAUAUUACGAUUCAAUUGUAAGUGUUUUAACGCAAACAGACUGUUUGAAUCAUUAUCCAGAUAUUCGACAAAAGUUAUACGAAGAGGUGCGUGAAUACAACGUGUUCGGUCUAGGAGUAGCACUAGAUAUGAUACUCAUUACAUGUGACUCGGAGCUGGCUCCAGACAUGUAUACCGAAGAUACGAUCAACAUGGAUGACGAACCCAGCAAGGAACCUUACCCGGUCAUGACCACUAGCAACUUAUGUCGUCAAAUGAUUGCAGACUUAGUAAAAGAACUCGUGGAUAAUGGAUGUUUAACAUAAUAGGUUGGAUUAGUUAACACGAUGUAUGAUUUCAUUUCAUGAUAUUAUAUUAUAGCCGUAUUAAGCUGUUUUUUUUUAAUUUGUGAUUCUCAUUAUUUUUGUUCUAUUAUAGCGUUGUCAUAUAACAAUAUUAUUCGAUACGUGAUAUCAUUAUACUAUAAUAUAGUAUUAUACGGAUUUUGUGUUCAUUUAGAUAUUAAAAUAAUUAAACAAUAAAAUAAUCAUCGUUUUAUACCAAAA